UGCAAGUGGGGAUCGGGUAGUUCGCACCUCCCUUCAGCCGCGGCUGUGAUGUCAAGGGGUAGUAUCUGCCUGGGAGGCAGCGAGUAGUGGUGUAGGUGCGGUGAGGUCGCUAUUCACUUAAAAGGAGCGUGGCAUGGGCGGUGCAAGCCCUUUCACGCCUCCGCAUCAACCUCGCGCCUAUCACUCGCCCUACCACACUUCCGCAAACAUGUAACUUUACGGUGGUUGCUUCCUAGCGAAUGCCUUGUUGCUGUUUUUAGCGUGUUUUGAAGUCUUUCUCCAACUUGUGUCUGUAGGCAAUUGAUGCCUUCUCCAAUCGAAUGCCUCCCAGUCGAGGUUUUUGAUAUCAUCGCGAUUGAUCUCGACUUGCCAGCUUAUAACGUUCUCCGUCUCAUCUCACGUCAACUGUAUUUACUCAGCUUCUCGUCAUAUGCCAAGAGAUACUUUUCUGCGCUGACGACUACCCUCGGCUCGGCGUCCCUUGAUCGCCUAGUAAACGUGUCCAGUCACCAGAACCUAUCUACUAUUGUCACUAUCUUGGAUAUUCGGCUCCUGAAUCAUCGCGAUUACAAGGUCCUAGCCAAGAUAAGCCGGGUCGGCAUCUUUCCGCCUCCAAAGCGAUUUCCAAGAGUGUCAGGUGUCAGACAAGAACACAUCAGCGAGGAGGCUACAUUGUACGAUGAUGUUGCCCGAAACGAAUUCCCAAAAUGCAUUGUCGAGCGCCUCGCUUGUGCUUUGGCAGGCUUCGGGAACCUCCGAACGAUUCGCUUCCGCGCUCAUCACUCAGAGCCAUUUGGGUGGCGGUCUACUACGAUGCCAGAAGGCGAUCAGCUGUUCCGAUCAAGAUGCUACACGGCCGUCAUCGACGCCAUAAUAAAGAGCGAGGUGAACUUGGAAGAGUUCAGCAUGGCUAAGGGAAAGAGAGUGACCACACUGAGCAAAUGUGCAAACCUAAUAUACCCAACACUGCAACUACCCUUCCAGGCUCUUCGCGCACUGCAACAUCGUUUCUCUGCUCUGCAAUCUCUCACCCUUUCCGUCAUCACAGCUUACAACGGAGACGCGCGCGUACCUGGUUGGGAGAAUGGGCUGAGCAACCUGAUCGCUGCUGCGCCUUUGCUCAAAACUCUAGCUUUAAGCCUAGAUCGCAACAGUUGCAUCUCCCACUAUAGUGCAGCUGUGAUUCGGUCAUUAUCACUCUCUUGUCGAGUUUCAGAACUUUCAUCAUUUCAACUCGUCAAUUGCUCGCUACACGAAGAGGAUCUGACAACAUUUCUCUCGGCACAUUCGAGAUCGUUGUGUCAGCUCGUUUUCUCCGAUAUUCGGCUUCUAUCUGGGAACUGGUCCUCAUUGUGGACGUCGCUGAAGGAUGCAGAAAACGUGCAAUGCCUACGAUUAGCGUCGCUCGAGGGAGCAAGAAGUCCGGUGCUCUUCCGACGGCGCAACAAAGAACGUCCGAAUAUCACACUGGACGCAAUGAAAGUAGGGCGCCCGAUGGCUGCUCUGUUAGACGAUCUUGUUCGUGUGUGCAACGUGGAAGCCAACUUGCAUACUGUCGGCCUUGAUGUAGACUAAUACCGCAACCAAGAAUCAACCCAGCUUCGCAAUACCUUUGCUUUACCACCACGCAGUGAGGGGCUACCGAACCCAGCCAGGCUGCAGUUAAUAUAAGAUUAGUCAGUAUUUCACAAUAUCAAAGGUGCGCCGCUGUUGGACUCGGGACUCAGGCCUCAAGUGGCAAUCCAAUGCCUUCACUCUCCGCUGUGUUUCACUAGUAAAGUUAUCAGGUUCAUUCGAUA